AUGCUUUCAAAUCCUGGAAGAACAGUAACGAUAUACCAAAUUCCUGGAUUCAUCAAAACGAUUAUAUCGCAAGCAUUCAGCCAAGCCAACAUUUUAAGCGGAUUUAAAAAAUCGGGAAUACAUCCUUAUAAUGAUAAUCUAUUCAGUGAUGAAGAUUUCAUGUGUUCUGCUGUAACAGAUAGGGAUAUAUCCAAUGAAAAUUAUGAACUUCCCAGUAGUUCAUCUCAAUGUCGCCAAGCUCAGUUUGUCUUUUCAAGCGCUCAGCAAGAUCCACCAGAUUUUCCGCAGACCUUCAACGACGUUGAUCAGAAAAUUCCGUCAACAUCUCAACAGAUCCCUAAUGAUGAAGUUCAGGACCCUCCAUCUAGUCCCGUGCUUGGUUUAAAUAAUGUUUCGCUUCUGGAUUCAGUGACUGUUUCUCUAACAAAUAACCAACUAAACCCUCCAGCUCAGAAAAGUCCGCAAACCUCUGACAAAGUCUUAAAAAGCUUUUCACAUGCACCAUCAGACUCAACCAAAUUCACCAAAUUCACUCAACUGUUCUAA